GAGUUAUUUACUAUUAGCCCCCAACCGCCAGCUCAUGUCAUCUCAUUCUCAUGGUCUGCUGCAUCACGAAAAUACCCAAGCCUGCUUGUCCCACACAUCCAUUAUUACUACUAUGUAUUUGCUCUGUCCUGUCAGGCUGUCCUGUCCAGCUGUCAACCGCCGGAUGGCUGUUUCUAUGAUAACCACACUCACUGCCUAUCAGUUGGCGCCGUCUCUCGCCGCCAACCAAGAGCAGCCGCAUUGUUGAAGAUGAUCACUUGCGGUGGUGGUGGCUCCUGAUUAUGUGCGGGGAUUAUGUGCGGGGGGGCCCCCCGGGGGGGGGGGGGGGGUGUGAAGGGAGGAAAGCGGUCCUUCUUCACCUCACAUGGCUGCUUGUUGCUUGUUGCUUGUUGCCGCCAGACAGACAGAAAUAGAUAAAUAAUCUACGCUGUUGGACUCUUUCCAACAUGACCUCGUUGUCCUGGCCUGUUUUGUGUUCUUUCACUCGUUGUCCACCGCUACUUCAAGAACUAUUAAGUUGAUAUCUUCCUCACCUGUGCUCAUUCCUUGGUCGGAUAGUUCACUACUUCGAAAUCGAAAACGUUACUUGACUUCACUUGUUCACUCACUCCGCGUCUACUAACUAACUAACUAGAUCCCUCUGUGCCUCCUCUGCUAUUCACUGCUACUACUAUGCUUCCUACUCAGGCGCGGCGUAAGAAAGAAACGCCACAAGAACAAGAAACUCGGUCCAAAGGCAACUUCGAUCGUGUCGAGAAUACCCUUUCCAUUCGCGCUCCCCUGCAUUUAACACCUCUCUUAGGAAUCGUUGCUUCGUUGCUGGGACGAGGAAACCCUCUAGUUCAACCUGCGAACCCUGAGCAGCACAGGGUAUGGCUCCUAGAUAACACCGCCUACAGAUCGCCGGGCGGCAGAUUCCACAACAGAAAUCAGCCAUGGCAGGUGGAGAUAGUCGCAUGCAUCUUCAUCAAGCGCGGUCGUGAGGAGGUUGGCAAGUUCGUCGCGACUAUAGCGGACGCCAUCGGGCUAGAUGGGGACUUUGGGCUGAAUAAAAAAGAAGUUCGCGAGCGCAUGACUGAGCGAGUACAGCCGUUUGUUGAUUCUAUAGCCCCAGCCCGCUCCAUAAGCCUGGAUAUACCACUCACGCGCCACACUAUCGUCAAACGGAAGCUAAACCCGUCCAAUAGCCACGGUAUCAUCUCCCAGAUAGUCCGGAUCGGCGGGUCUGACAUCGUCGAUGGAACUGUUACCCACCCCUCAUUAAGACACUGGGACCACAAGGUGUCGAUGGAUACCGAAUUUGCCUCCCCGACCGGCUGGCUGAUGAUCUCCGACGUCGACGACACCGUCAAGUACACCCAGACCAGCGACGCCGUCGGCAUCCUGCGCACCACCUUUGUGGAGGAACCACGCUCCAUCACCGGCAUGCCCCGUCUCUACAAAUAUAUCGAGAAAGAACUCAAGCCCACCUGGUUCUACCUCUCCGCGUCACCAUACAAUCUAUACCCAUUCCUCCGAUCCUUCCUCCGCGAAGAGUACCCACACGGCACGCUUAUCCUACGCGAUAAAUCCUGGAUGGACCUCAGCGGGCUCCUGAAAUCCUUCACGAAGGGGACACAGGCGUACAAAGUCGACCGCAUGGAGAAGCUGUACCGCUGGUUCCCGAAACGGAAGGUCAUCUGCAUCGGCGACUCAACGCAAAGCGACCCGGAGGCGUAUGCGGAGAUCUACCACAGGCAUAAAGAGUGGGUGCGCGCCAUAUAUAUCCGGCGAGUCAUGGAUGUGGGGAACAUGGAGGAGAAGAAUAAGGAGAAGCGCUUUCUGAAGGCGUUUGAGGGCGUGCCUGAUGAUGUGUGGAGGGUUUUUAACGAUCCGGAGCAUCUCUAUCAGGAGGUUGAUAUGUUGCAGCGGGGAGAGUAAAUGGGGGUUAGGUAGCUGGCUGGUUUGUUCUUCGGCUUCUUUUUUUUUUUUCCGGCUCUUUGAUGAUUUUACGGGCUGGUUUCGUUGAUUCAUUGCCAUCGGUAUUGGGGUUGGGCGGGAAUUUUCGCGACGACGGCGUUUUUCUAGUCGGUUUCUUUAUCUUUUUCCUUUCUUCUUGAUUUCUCCUGUCUUCUCUCCAUUCGCUACGGAGCCAACAGCCUUUUCAUACAUUACACCGGACGCUGUUUUUUAUUUCGGGUUAAGUGUUCCUUUUACCUCCAUUUCCUAUUUUAUAGUGUGUCGUCUUUGACUCGCCUUAAUGUCCAUAUACCCCUUGUCGCAUUUGUUUCUGUAUUUCUUCGUUUUUAUUUUCAUUUUUAUUUUCGUUUUCGCUUUUUUUCGUUUACUUCUUAGGUAUGUAUGUAUAUCUAGAUAUCUAUACGGCACAAACUACUGCCCAUCCCAGAGUUCGUGAGGAGGGGAGCGGCGGAACUAAACUUGGUGUCCCGCCGAACAUGUGUGUGAGAGAAUGCAAUGUGCUGAUUUAUAAUUUAUAAAUGAAUUGAGAAAGAAACUUGCAUUCACCGAACGGAA